GAAUGUGUCAACCCGCGUCUACGGCGAAGCAGCGUUACAGCUAUGGUUGUCCUCCCCUUUUGUUCAUCAGAGUUCCUCCAUUAUUGCACAAACAAUGAAACUAUCUGGAUGUUAUGCCGUUUCAUGAAACAUUUUACUGCAUGUACGCCUUCCACGCUCUCCUCUGGGAUUAUCUAAUGAAUUAAAAGCGACCUGCAACCCUCCUGACCUGCUGUGAGGUGUCCGAAGCACGCAGUAUUUCCUGAAGAACGUGGAGUAAUGUAAAGCUGAACUUCAGUUGCCCCUGAAGAGGUUGUUGGCACCAUGGGACUAGAUUUUGAUGUGAAGACAUUCUGUCAUAAUCUUCGGGCCACAAAGCCGCCGUAUGAGUGUCCAGUGGAGACUUGUCGUAAGGUUUACAAGAGUUACAGCGGCAUAGAGUAUCACCUCUACCACUAUGACCAUGACAACCCAACUCCUGCUCCCGCUGUGCCCCAGAAGAAGAGGAAGGGCCGCCCUCCUCGUGCCUCGCUGACCGCCUCGGGGGACCCGGACGACAUUGGAGGCAGCGGAGGUGGAGGACCUAGUCCUGAAGGAAACGCACCUGGGAGCCCCAACCGGUCAGACCAUUCUCACUCCCCUGGCAGGGAGACGAUGACCUACGCUCAGGCGCAGCGCAUGGUGGAGCUGGAGAUUCAGGGACGCAUUCACCGCAUCAGUAUCUUUGAGAACAUUGAUGUGGUGUCCGAGGAAGACAGCGAUGCCGAGGACGCACCGCCGUCCGGCGCAGGCAGUUUUGGAGGAGGGGUUUGUAACGGCAGUGACAGUGGGGCUGGAGGCAGUGAAGUCGGAGGAAGCGGGAAGGACCGCUCUGAUAUCCCGUCCUCUAACGGCGGUAAAGCCACGCCAAAGACCGGCAAGCACAAAAGUAAAGAUAAGAAGAAGGACGGUUCGUCUCACCAUCACAACCCGCAGUCCGGUCUUGCUGUCAAGCUUCCAGAAGCAGUGUUUAGAGAACUGGACCAAGAAAGACCUGACGCCCCUGCUCGGACUUUAUCCUACUACAGGUACAUUGAGAAGUCUGUGGAAGAGCUUGACGAAGAGGUUGAGUACGACAUGGACGAGGAGGACUACAUCUGGCUCGGCAUCAUGAACGACAAACGGCGACGUGACGGAGUGACGCCGAUCCCUCAGGAGGUCUUUGAAUACCUCAUGGACCGCUUAGAAAAGGAGUCCUACUUUGAGAGCCACAACAAGGCGGACCCCAGUACGUUGAUCGACGAGGACGCCGUCUGCUGCAUCUGCAAUGACGGCGAGUGUCAGAACAGCAACGUCAUCCUGUUCUGUGACAUGUGCAACCUGGCGGUUCACCAGGAAUGCUACGGCGUUCCCUACAUCCCAGAGGGUCAGUGGUUGUGUCGGCGCUGCCUGCAGUCGCCGAGCAGAGCGGUGGACUGUGCUCUGUGUCCUAAUAAGGGCGGGGCCUUCAAACAGACGGAUGACGGGCGCUGGGCUCAUGUAGUCUGUGCGCUUUGGAUCCCGGAGGUCUGCUUUGCAAACACGGUCUUUCUGGAGCCGAUCGACAGCAUCGAGCACAUCCCUGCCGCCCGCUGGAAGCUCACCUGCUACAUCUGCAAGCAGCGUGGCUCAGGCGCCUGCAUCCAGUGCCACAAAGCCAACUGUUACACGGCCUUCCACGUCACCUGUGCCCAGCAGGCAGGCCUCUACAUGAAGAUGGAGCCGGUCAGAGAAACGGGGGCUAACGGCACGUCGUUCAGCGUGCGCAAGACGGCGUACUGCGACAUCCACACGCCGCCGGGGUCGGCCAGGCCUCUCGCCGGAGUGGGCGGGGCCAGCAUGGGCUCGUCCAACAGCGAAGGGGAGCUGGAGGACGACGACGAGCCCAGCCUCGGCCAGGACGAGGACUCCAAGGGCUGGAGCUCUGAGCGGGCCAAGAGGGCGAAGGCCAAAUCCAGGCUGAAGAUGAAGAGAGCGAGGAAGAUCCUGGCAGAGAGGAGAGCUGCUGCACCAGUGGUGUCUGUGCCCUGCAUACCUCCCCACAGACUCAGCAAAAUCACAAGUAAUCUGACGGUGCCCAGGAAGAGUCAGUUCAUGCAGCGACUCCACAGCUACUGGACGCUGAAGAGGCAAAGUCGAAACGGCGUUCCUCUUCUGCGGCGGCUCCAGACCCACCUGCCAUCUCAGCGCCACGUGGAGCCGCAUCCACCGCAGCCCGCAGCGCAGCUUCCCCCUAGGGACAGCGAGGAGAAACAGACAGCCUUGAAGGAGCAGCUGAAGGCCUGGCAGAGACUGAGACAUGACCUGGAGAGAGCCAGGCUGCUGGUGGAGCUCAUCCGCAAGAGGGAGAAGCUCAAGAGGGAGACGAUUAAAGUGCAGCAGAUGGCGCUGGAGAUGCAGCUCACUCCCUUCCUGGUGCUUCUCAGGAGUACGUUGGAGCAGUUACAGGAAAGAGACACAAACAACUUUUUCACUGAGCCUGUUCCCCUCGAAGAGGUGCCGGACUACCUGGAGCACAUUGACACUCCUAUGGACUUCCAGACCAUGUGGAACCUGCUGGAGUCCCAUCGCUACCUCACGUUCGAGGCCUUCGAGGCCGACUUUGGCCUCAUUGUCAACAACUGCCUCAAGUACAACGCCAAGGACACGGUGUUUUACCGAGCCGCCCUGCGGCUCAGGGAGAUGGGCGCCGUCGUCCUCAGAGCGGCCAGGCGCCAGGCCGAACGGAUCGGCUUCGAUUAUGAGUCGGGCAUGCAUCUUCAUCGAGACUCGAGCCCAGAAAGCCAACGUGAUCCGGAGAGAGACAGAGACCGAGACCGAGAGCGGGACAGGGAACAGGACAGAGACAGACCUUUGUCCUCUAAUGAAGAGGACCUGCUGCUGCCAGAAAACAGGCGACGGCUGCCGCUGGACGAGCAGCUGCAUUACCUGCAGGCGCGCCUUGAUGAGGUCAACUCCGGGAAGCACAGCAUCGGCCAGUCUCGCAGGGCCAAAGCCCUGAAGAAGGAGAUCAGUGUGAUCCGGAGGAAGCUAGCGCACCAGCGGGAGGUGAGCUCCAUCAUGGGGGGCCGUGAGUCGGCGGGGGAUCGCAGUUCUUCUCUCCCGCAUCACUCUUCAUCUGCGGGACACCAUGACGAGGGAGGAGAGAGCAGCAGCCAGGAGAUUGGAGGAAAGGCUCCCGAGGUUGGCCGGCGGACUUCUGUGCUUUUCUCCAAGAAGAACCAAAAAAUGGCCGGACCUCCCAAAAGACCAGGGCGCCCGCCAAAGAACCGAGACAUGGGCUACGCCGGGCCAGGGGUGAACCAGAGCCCCAUCGGGCCCCCGCAGCUGCCCCUGCUGUCCAGCAGCAGGCCCAGGAAGAGACCCCGCACCCCGCACAGCACCUCCAGCUCCGACAGCGACAGCGACAACGAUGACCUCCUGCCAGGUUUACCGAGCAACGGCUUUGAUACAGGAAACCAGCCUGUGACUGAAAGCUUCCGUGUGUACAGAAACGAGCCCCGUCUGCCUCGAUCCAGCUCCGACUCAGAGUCCACAACCAGCAGCAGCAGCAGCGCCGCUUCUGACAGGACCAGCACUACGCCCUCAAAGCAAGGCAGAGGAAAGGCGUCGUUCUCUCGUUCCACCUUCCAUGAGGACAGCAGUGAGGAAACAUCGGGCACAGAAAAUGAUUCCUACUCAGUUGGAGGAUCACGGAGCGUUUCGCACUUGGUGCGUGGCCGGGACCGGUCAGGAUGCUGGAUGACGUCUGACGACUACUCUUCUCUGGAAGCUCUGGAUCUGGUCUGGGCCAAGUGCAGAGGCUAUCCUUCGUAUCCUGCUCUGAUCAUCGACCCAAAGAUGCCCAGGGAGGGCGUGUUCCACCGCGGAGUCCCAAUACCCGUACCGCCUUUAGACGUGCUUAAACUCGGGGAGCAAAUGACCCAAGAAGCCCGGGAGCACCUGUUCCUCGUCCUCUUCUUCGACAACAAAAGAACCUGGCAGUGGCUGCCACGAUCCAAGCUGGUGCCGCUUGGUGUGGACCAAGAACUUGACAAGGAGAAGAUGCUUGAGGGCAGGAAAUCCAACAUUCGUAAAUCCGUUUCGGUGGCCUACAGUCGUGCCAUGCAACACCGCAGCAAAGUCCAGGGAGACCCCAGCAGCGAAACCAGCGACAGUGACUGAUUGCAAACAGACACGCAGUCUAAAUCUGCAAAACUUGUGGAUUUCAUGCAUCCAUUAAGGGAGCACAGCCCUUUGUCACGGAUUACAAAGACAACAAAGCAAGCAGGAAAAUUAGUAGGAAGGAAAAACUCCACUACUUUGGCCCCAAAACACAUUCACUCACACUAAGCCAUAUUUAAUCAGACAUGUAAAGAAAAAAAAAACAAAAAAUAUUGUAUUUAAGAAGAUUAAAAAUAAGGAUAUUGCUAAUAAUGAUGAUGAAAAAGAAAAUGUUCCAAAUCAUGAAUCAAAAUGUUUAAUGUACGUGGUCUGUAUAUGUUUAAAACAAAAGUGAAAUAAUGGUUUACAGACUUAAAAUGUAGGUAUAAUAUCACACUAUGGUCCAUACACAGUUCUGCCUCCCCCCUGUCCUUUCUUCACAUUCAGUCACACAGGUAAUCUUACACUCAAACAGGUAAAUGCAUGUUCUAUGUGUAGAGUAAAUAUACACACACCUCACCUUCCAAAGGACAAAAGCAUACCUGUGUGUGUGUGUGUGGAGUCGCAGGAGCAGAAGAAGGGACUGUUGCAGCCUGUUUGUAGGCAAAUCAACGUUACUGUAAUUUAUUCUUUGAACUUUUUGUUUGUCACUCCAGCAGCUGCACAUCUCAAGGUCUUUUUUUUUUUUUUUACAGAUUUGUAAACAAGUUUUCCUGUCACAUUGACCUGUAGAAUCAGUCAAUAAUGAGGACUAAACUGAAACAUGAUCGUCUCCAUGUCUCUUAGUCACAGGCCGACGGCUGUAGAACUUUUAUAUAACACAGAUUGCAUAAAAAAAAUACAAGUUUAAUAAAUAAAAAAAAAAGAAUAAUGUUCUUUUUU